AUGGAAGACGAAGAAAAGCACCACAAUUUCCACGAAAUGGAACUGGACGAUCGUAUCCUAAAAGCCAUAGCGAAAUUGGGCUGGGAAGCCCCUACUCUCAUCCAAGAAAAGGCCAUUCCGCUCCUUCUCGAAGGCAAAGACGUUCUGGUAAGAGCCCGCACUGGUUCCGGUAAGACUGCCGCCUUUGCAAUCCCAGCAAUUCAAAGAAUAUUAAAUCUGAAACAAACCUCCACUCAGCAAGACAUUAAAGCAUUAAUUUUGGCUCCAAGCAAGGAGCUUUGCAACCAGAUUUGUAAAGUGGUAAAAGAUUUAACAAUUAAAUGUUCUAGAGAGGUAAAAUGCGUAGAUAUUGCUCCACAAGAAGAUUUAAACGUACAACGUCCUUUACUUGUAGAAAAACCUGACAUUAUUGUAGCAACUCCUAGUAGAUGUUUACAGCACAUUUUAGCAGGCAAUUUAAACUUAAAAAACUCCUUAGAACUAUUAGUUAUUGAUGAAGCUGAUUUAGUGUUUUCUUUUGGCUAUGAAGCUGAAACUAAACAACUCCUAGAGCAUUUGCCUAAUAUUUAUCAAGCAAUUUUAGCUUCAGCUACUUUAAGUGAAGAUGUAAAAAGCUUAAAGAAAAUUGUACUACACAAUCCUGUUACAUUGAAGCUGGAAGAACCUGAUUUGGCUCCUGCCAGUCAAUUGACUCAUUAUCAUCUCAAUGCUGAAGAAAUAGACAAGGCAACUAUAUUGUAUGCUUUACUUAAGUUGCACUUAAUUAGAGGCAAAACAAUUAUUUUUGUUAAUACAGUUGAUAAAUGUUAUAAAAUUAAAUUAUACUUGGAACAAUUUGGUAUACGUACUUGCGUGUUGAAUUCAGAACUUCCUGCAGCUGUAAGAUGUCAUUCAGUGAAUCAAUUCAAUCAAGGAGUGUAUAAUAUUAUAGUUGCCUCAGAUGAAAAAGCUUUGGAACAGCCUGGCAACGAAGAACCAGAAAAAAAAUCAAAAAGAAACAAAGACAAAAACAGUGGUGCUUCAAGAGGAAUUGAUUUCCAAUUUGUUUCAAAUGUGAUCAACUUUGAUUUUCCUUUAGAUAUUCAAUCUUAUAUUCACAGAGCAGGCAGAACUGCUAGGGGCAACAAUCAAGGAAGCGUUUUGUCUUUUGUCAGCAUGAAAGAGAGCACUUUAUUGGAAAAAGUUGAAAAAUUCAUCCAACAAGGCCAAGAAGAUGUUUCAUUGUUCAAAUCAUACCAAUUCAAAUUAGAAGAAGUUGAGGCCUUUAAAUAUAGAGCAAAAGAUGCUUGGAGGGCAGUCACAAAAAUCGCUAUACGCGAAGCCCGGCUUAAGGAAAUCAAACAAGAAAUUUUCAAUUGCCAAAAGUUGAAGAGCUACUUUGAAGACAACCCUUCAGAUUUGCAAGUGCUACGUCACGAUAAGGCUUUGCAUACAGUGAGAUUGCAGCAACACUUGACAGAUGUUCCAGAAUAUAUUAUUCCAGCCACUUUGAAGAAUUUAGCUGGAAUCAGUAAGAAGACCAAGAGAAAAAGGGAUGGAGGGAAUGAAUAUACUAAUAAAUUAAAGGCCAAGAAGAAUAAUCCACUAGCCAGUAUGCAAUUUGAGGGAUUUAAGAAGAAAAAGAAAAGGAAUUGA